AUGAGAAUUCUUAAUUAUAUAUGUGGAAGAUCAUUACGAAGCAGUGGAGCUGCUCCCUUAAUAUAUAACCCAAUUCAAAAGUUGUUAAUAAUUUUAGCAUCAUUGUAUAUUUGUUUAUCUGUUCUAUCAUGCUGUAUAUUUUUAUUUCCAAAGGUGUCUGAUUUGCAUUGUUCCCCUCUAGUUGAUUCUCUUUUUAGCUUUUACUUAUCUAUGGGUGCAUCAAAUGUUAUGGCCCCCUAUUAUUCCAUAAUUAGCUGUAGAGAAUGGGGAACAGAAACUGAAUGGGUAAUAGUUGCUAUUGUUACAGCUGUUAUGGCUAUUAUUGAUGUUAGUUCGAGUUUUUAUGGUAUUUAUUUGUUGUAUACUAUAAUUGAUAUAGUAUUUACAAACAUUACGGGUAUGAGCGAAUGUACUUGUUACAAAGCCAUUAUUUUUUUUUCAUCAAAUGCUUUUUUAGUUGCUCUUCAUUUGAUUGUUGCUAUUACAAGCAUAGUUGUAUAUUACAUGCUUAUGAAAAAUAUUGAUAAACAAUUAGAAAAUAAUAGAAACAUUAUAUGA